AUGAAAACUCUCAUUACCCUUGCCAUGGCUGUUACUGUCACUAUUGCAGCUACAACUCUUGCUGAAAAUGGAGCCUAUAAGUUCUCAAUCACCUUUUUGAAGAAUUCGGCCAAUAGCAGCAAUACUGAUGUGAUCUUGGGGCUGACUGUUGGCUCUACAACUGCUCCAUUGACUGGAGGGUACUAUGCUUCUGGAGCCUGUGUCAAUGUGGGUACUACAAACUAUCAACUCACCUCUUCAGCCAUUACUUUGAGGGGAUUUGGAAUUGAAUGGCAAUGACAUUCAACUUGUACAUCUUUGGAUGCAGUGUACAACUCAGUUAAUUUCUAUGCUGGGGCUCAUUGGGGACUAACAACAUCUCAGGUGGUGUCUGCUCAAUCUUCAUUAUCCUCAAUCUUAUCUCCUGCUGGAUCCAACUGCAAUAACCCCACUACCAAAACUGUUUACCACUACUGGUAUGGACUGACUCCAUCCCAACUUACAUAUGAUGUCUACUUCCCAAACCAAACAGAGACUUGGUAUGUCAGAUGCUUUGGAAAAUUCAACUAUGCAUACAGCGUCUCCUUCGGUAGCGAAAUCAGUGACUUAGCUACCACUUUAGGAAACUGAAAGAACCUUUCAUUAAAGUCAAGAGGAAGUAUGCCAGCUCUGGCCACUUUGGCUGUCGCUAUGAGCCUUUGUACUUCUUUCUUGUAAUUUUUCUCAGUUGAUUCGUAAACAAACCACCGACUAAUUUGGGAGGCCAAUAGUUUACAGAAUAAUUUUAUUGUGCGAGAGGGAAGUGUGACCUCGGCUCUUGCUCCCAGGGCUGGUAAUUGGCUCGAAGGGGUGUUCUGAUAGGGGUUUGGAUUCGAUAGGAAGGGAUAGAUUGAGGAAGUUAGAUGAUUUUUAUACUCAAGCUAAGAUAAUUG